UCAGUUUUUGAAGUUACUGGAUCACCUCUCAAAUAUUCUUUUAACGACGAACACGAUGUUGAAGACAGUAUUAUUUUAAUAAAACAAAAUUGGUCUAAAAAGGAAGAACAUUAUUUACCAUUGAGUAGAACAGAAGCAUGGUACUUCAUCUCCAAUAUUUGCACUUUGCAAUGGUACAGACAAUAAAAACAGCAGAGUAAUAGGUACAAUGAUUGAAAGGAACUGGUUUAUUAGAAUUGAAAUUUGUUCAACUGGUAUUGAAAGUCUUAAUGUUAUUAAGGAUUCUUCUUCUAAAAUUUUUCAACAACAUUUAGAACUUUCACACGCAUGUGAACGUGAUGUAACUAUAUCUGUAUUUAGCAUUUUUGACUUGUUUGGGAUAAAAGAAGAAAUGAUUAAUUGGGAUGAAAAUGUAAAAAGCAACUUUGAAGGGAGUUUAAGCAUCGAAGUAAAUGCUUGUAGUUUGUCUUUAUAUAUACCUUCAAAGGAAACAAAGAAUAACUUGGUUGCUCAAGUUGUUACUGGUUCACUUAAUAGCCUUUUGAAAGAAUUAUGGCAACAAUUAUUGUUGUUAAAUGAAUAUUUGAAUAUAAUAGAACAAUAUAAAAAGAACACAAGUGAUUAUAAUAAUGGAGUUCCUUUAAAAUUCCCAGAAAAUUUUACAAGUCCAUGUACAAAAGAACAUGACAUAAUAAUGAAAAAUUUAAGUCUUUUAUUGAAUAAAGAUUACAGUUUUCGAAAUACUGAUACCAUUGAUUUGCAUAAAAUGAACUUUGCAAAUGAAGAUAAUUUUGAAAAUAAUAUAAAAAUUCAACAGUACAUACAGAACCUUCCCUACAGAUAUAAUUUAGAUUUUACUGAUUUUUUAUGGGAAUUGGUCAUAAUGAAUUCAAAUUAUAUUGAAAUGACAAAAUGUAUUCAUUCAAUAUUUAAGGAAAUUAUAGUAAAUGGCACUUUAGUGCAGGUAAAUUCUUCAAAUUCAACAAGAAUUGCCAAAAUUAUUGCUAAUCAUCCUCAACAAAAAACAAUUUCACACUUAUUAUCAGGCAGUUUACCAUUAGAAUAUAUCAUAGAUAUGGGUUUUGAAAAAUUGUAUAAAGACUAUACACACAUUUUGAUACAUUCAAGAUUUGAAGAACUAUAUGAUAUUCAACAAAAAUUUAAAACUCUAGCAUGCGAUGAGUUUACAGUUGAUACUUAUAAAGAAAAAUUAAUAAUAUUGGCACAAGUCCAUGUAUGUUUGGAGUUUAUGUUACUUUUACAGAAUAAUUUAGAAUGUCCAAAUGAUGAUAUUCAAACUUUAUUUUCUUAUGCUUUUAAACAAUAUGUUUGUGAAAAAUCACCUGUACAGAGCUGUCAUGAAUUAUAUAAAAAUGUAAUUUAUACUUUAACUGCUCCAUUACCUGUUUCAGUACUUAAUAAUUUGAAUAACGAAAUACCUACCGUACGAAGAGUUUCACUAUCAUCUGAAUCGCAAUUAUCUAAAUUAAAAACUACUACAUAUUACAGUCAGUUACCUAUAUUUCCAACGAAUGUAUGGAAUCCUGCAGAUGAUUCAAAUGUAAUGGAUGGAGCAUACUAUGUCACCACAGCUAUGUGCUUAUCCAAUAAGUUUAAAUAAAAAAUAUUGGAGAAAUUCA